CUUCCCGUUACUGACAUUCACGAACAGUUGACCCAAAGGAAAGAGUGCGAGGGUUUGACUCCACGCAUACCAGAACGCAUAGGCUAUCUUUCUUCUCUGCCUUUACCAAAGAAUCCUACGCGCCGUCUCCUAGCCCCGAGGACCUUAUCUCCAUCGUUAUAUCCACAGAUUCGCAUCCAACGAGCUUAUUGGAGUGGAAUUCUGAGUAUUUUUGUCGAGAAUACUGGGAUUAAUAAUCAACUUCAAAAGAAAGAGGGAAAGGCUAGAGGUAGCAACCGCUCCUCUCAUACCGAUCUGAUCUGGUAUUUACCACGAAAUCUCCAUCAACAUCAGAGAGCCAGACAUAUCAAAGUACGAGCCAAUAUAACCUCUGAAGUCAUCUCUUCUUCAAACCAAAAGGAAUCCACCAAGUCCAAAACUCUAGAAGAAAAGAAAAAAUGUCCGGUCGCGGCGGUGCAGGAAAUAUUCUCCGCGCUCGCGAGCAAGAGCAACAAGCCGCGAGCGAUGUCGAAGCCGCAAUUCCCCCCACCAGCAACUCCAACUCCAACUCCGCCAACUCAUCCACAUCCACAGCUGCAGCAUAUGCUCACACCGGCCGCGGAGGGGCAGGGAACUGGUACCAACCCUCCGAACUCUUUAAAACAGGCACCUUUUCCUCCUCCACUGCUCCACCGACUUCAUCAUCCGCCACCGUUCCAUCCCGGGUUCCAGAGAAUAGCGUAGUGAACGUCGGUAAAGCGGGAAGAGGGGGUGCGGGGAAUUUCGUCUGGGGUACUGGUGCUGCUGCGGAGGAGAAGGAAGAGGAAGAGAGGAAGGAGAGGGAAAGGGUCAGUUUGAUGGUGGAGAAGAACGUUGAGGCUGAAUUGGCGAGACCAGGGGCCGUUUUUGUUUCGGGUUCGGCGAAGGGAAAGGAGGAUUUGAGUGGGAACGGCGGAGUUUAGACUCGUAAUUUU